UUUUUUUCUCUUGCCCAGCUCAGUCUCUUCGAAGCAAUCGCAACGGCCUUUCCUCCUCCCCGGGUGCUUUUUUGAAUUUCGCUCAUUCAUCAACGCAUCCUCCCUCUACAUCUGUAUCAGGAUUUGAACCCAUCUCUCUCAUACUGAAAAUGUCGUCUGUUGCCACUUUGAUCGAAAAGGUCAGCUCUGCUGCCACCACUGAGGAGCGCCAGCAGGUCGCCAAGGACCUCGCUGCUGCCGUCAAGGCCGCUGGCCUCAAGUCUCUCGAGUCGGGCGAUGUCCUCGCCAGCCUCAAGACUGCCUCUGAGCACAAGAAGAACAACGGUGCCCGCGAGGCUGCCGUUCUCGCCCUUGGCGAGCUCGUCACUGCCUUUGGCCGUGAGGGCGAGCCCACCCUGAUCCCGUCUCUGCCCAUCGUCUUUGGUGCCUUUGGUGACAAGAUCGCCCCCGUCCGUGCCGCCGCCCAGGCUGCCCUGGACGCCUUCCUGGCUGUCACCGACGCCUUUGUCUUCAAGCUGUACCUGCCUGCCCUCAUCGACUCGCUCACCAAUGAGAAGAAGUGGCAGACCAAGGUCGCCGCCCUGCAGUGCUUCGAGAAGUUCUCUGCCACUGCCCCCACCCAGGUCUCCCGCUGCCUGCCCGAUCUCCUCCCCUCGGUCUCUGACUGCAUGUGGGACACCAAGCCCGAGGUCAUGGCUGCUGCCAAGUCGACCCUCGCCGCCGUCACCUCCGUUGUCGGCAACCCCGAUAUCGUUCCUUUCCUCCCUGCCAUGAUUUCGUCCAUUGCCCGCCCCCAGGAGGUCCCCGAGACUGUCUUCAAGCUGGCUGCCACCACCUUCGUCACCACCGUCGAGGCCCCCACCCUUGCCAUCAUGUCGCCCCUGCUGUCCCGUGGUCUCGCUGAGCGCAAGCCUGCCAUUGUCCGCCAGACCUGUGUCAUUAUUGACAACAUGUGCAAGCUCGUCGAGAACCCCCUCGACGCCGAGCAGUUCCUGCCCAAGCUCCUGCCCGGUAUCGACCGUGCCUGCGACAUUGCCGCCGACCCCGAGCUCCGUGACGUUGCUGGCCGUGCUCGCGCCACCCUCGUCCGCGUCGGUGGUGGUGAGGAGGUCGCCAAGGCUGUCCUCGCCGUCCAGGACUUUGCCUCGCAGUACGAGGCCGUCGAGAAGGAGGACACCGAGAGCGUCCUCGCCGUCCUCAAGAAGCACCUCAAGAUCAGCAGCGAGGCUUCCCUGCACCUCGCUGCCGCCAUCAUUGUCCAGCUGAUCUACACCAAGAUCGUCGAUGUCGCCGAGUGGACCAACCACGUCCUCUCGUACCUGACCCCCUUCACCUCGGAGGAGUCCAUCAAGACCGCCCUCGAGGCUGCCCUCGAGAUUGGCCAGACCAUUGCCUCGCGCCGUGCCGUUACCGUCUCGGCCAUGGUCAUGGAGGAGGGUGAGGAGCUCUGCAACUGCGAGUUCUCGCUUGCCUACGGUGGUAUGAUCCUGCUCAACAACGCCCGCCUCCGCCUUAUCCGUGGCCGCCGCUACGGUCUCUGCGGUCCCAACGGCGCCGGCAAGUCCACCCUCAUGCGCGCCAUUGCCAACGGCCAGCUCGAUGGCUUCCCCUCUGCCGACGAGCUCCGCACCGUCUACGUCGAGCACGCCCUCCAGGCCGAAGACGCCGACCUGUCUGUCUUUGACUUUAUCUUCAUUGACCCCAAGCUGGCCAACGCCGACCGCGACGAGGUCGCCCGCACCCUCGAGUCCGUCGGCUUCACUGCCGAGCGCCGCGCCCAGGCCGUCGGCUCCCUCUCUGGUGGCUGGAAGAUGAAGCUCGAGCUUGCCCGUGCUAUGCUCAUGAAGGCCGAUAUCCUCCUCCUCGACGAGCCCACCAACCACUUGGACGUUGCCAACGUUGCCUGGCUCGAGAACUACCUCACCAACAUCCCCAACGUCACCUCCAUCAUUGUCUCGCACGACUCUGGCUUCCUCGACCGCGUCUGCACUGCCAUCAUCCACUACGAGCAGCGCAAGCUCAAGACCUACCUCGGCAACCUCUCUGAGUUUGUCAAGCAGAAGCCCGAGGCCAAGUCCUACUACGAGCUCUCGGCCUCGCUCGUUUCGUGGAAGUUCCCCGAGCCCGGAUUCCUCGACGGUGUCAAGUCCAAGGACAAGGCCAUCUACAAGAUGUCCAACGUCAACUUCACCUACCCCGGCACCACCAAGCAGAUCCUGUUCAACAUUUCGCUGCAGUGCUCGCUCAACUCGCGUGUCGCCGUCAUUGGCCCCAACGGCGCCGGCAAGUCGACCGUCAUCAAGAUUCUGACUGGUGAGCUCGUCGCCGACCAGGGUGAUGUCGUCAAGCACCCCAACCUGCGUGUCGCCUACGUCGCCCAGCACGCCUUCCACCACAUCGAGCAGCACCUCGACAAGACCCCCAACGAGUACAUCCGCUGGCGUUACGCCUUUGGUGAGGAUCGUGAGACUGCCAAGAAGGUCACCCGUGUCCUGACCCCCGAGGAGGAGAUCCUCUACCGCAAGCCCAUCAACGUCACCAACGCCGAUGGCGUCACCGAGAAGCGCAUCCUUGAGGACAUUGUCGGUCGCCGCAAGUCCAAGCGCUCGUUCGAGUACGAGAUCAAGUGGGAGAACAAGUCCUGGGAAGAGAACACCUGGAUGUCGCUCGAGAAGCUGCAGCAGCUCGGCUUUGACAAGCUCAUUGUCUCUUUCGACGACAAGGAGGCCGCCCGUGCCGGUAUGUACGCCAAGCCCCUGACCCAGAAGGAGGUCGAGCAGCACCUCAAGGACCUUGGCCUCGACCCCGAGUUUGCCACCCACUCCCGCAUGCGCGGUCUGUCGGGCGGCCAGAAGGUCAAGGUCGUCCUCGGUGCCGCCAUGUGGCCCAACCCCCAUAUUCUCAUCCUCGACGAGCCCACCAACUACCUCGACCGUGACUCGCUCGGUGCCAUGGCUGAGGCCAUCCGCACCUUUGGCGGCGGUGUCGUCAUGAUCUCGCACAACCGCGAGUUCACUGGCGCCCUCUGCCCCGAAGUCUGGAACGUCGACAACGGCCGCCUCACCAUCACCGGCGCCAAGGAGAUCGUCGGCAAGGGCGAGCUCAUUGAGCAGAAGGAGCAGGAAGUCAGCAUCGAUGCCUUUGGCAACGUCUCCAAGGUCAAGUCCCAGAAGAAGCUGUCCCGCAAGGAGCAGAAGGCUCUCCAGAAGAAGAUCCAGGAGAAGCUCAAGGCCGGCCAGGCCCUCGACACCGACGAAGACGAGGAGGCCGUCCGACUGGGUCUCUACUAAACGGAUAUGCCUCUCGUAUGCGUCUCUCGGCCCCACCUGUGUCUGUGUCUGCCUGCCCUUCUUCCCCCCCUCCCUCGUGCUAUUUAUGUUUAGGAGUUUGACGUGCCCGACAAUGUCCGUUGAUCAGUUUGGAUAGCUGCCUGCCGCUCCCUGCGCCACCCCACCACCCUUCUCCCACCCUUCCUCUCGUUGUGUGCUAAUUUGACGACUCUGUGGGGUUUGGCUAUGCAUCUUCAUUCCCUUUCUAAUGGCUCCCCCUUGACGUGUGUGCAUUGGAUGCGAGGGCGCGGAA